AUGCGGACAGCUGCCGAUAAGCACGCUAUCUUGAACGCUAACCUAACUACAGAGUACAACGAUGUGGAUCCGAACAGUGAGAGGGGUAAAGAGGGGAAAUUGAAACUAAAAGUUGCAUGUGGACAGGCAGUACCAAAUAAUUUGCCCAAACAUGCUGACAAUAUGGUAGAACAUCAUGGGGGAAUUGUUUGGGAUUGGGCGGGAGUCGGGCGAUUUCGUGGAACGGAAAUAGAUUGGUUGAAGGGAGUGACAGACGACACUCUGCAGUUGAUUGAUCGAGCCUUUCCCAGACCCCAUCUAGUCAGUAAUGAUACCAUUAAUGGCUCUGAUUUGGGAAGCAACAAUGUUUCUCCCCAACAACCACUAGUGUUAAUCGAAGAAGGGAAGGUGCCUGAGGGCCGCCCAGACCGCCGGACGGAAAGUCCACGUCGGGCACCCCAAUACAGUCUAGCGUCGUACGGAACUGGUACGGCUGGCCAGCUCCAAGGCAUCUUCAGGCAGAUCUGGGCUGAUCCAGGCAUCUUCAGGCAGAAACCUGCCCCCUUCGGCAUAGGCCCGCCACCGCCCUCGCUGCCUGCCCUUUUUCUCUCACCUUCUCCUUUCCCCCCCCCGUCGACUUCAUCCUUCCUCUCAAGGUAAAUCUUCAUCAAUUUCAAUACCAGAUUUCCCCCAAGUCAACUCUCGUAUCUAGGGCACCAAGCUACCCUUUUCCUCCUAUCUCCCCCCCUCUUCAAGCUAUUCCCAUUCCCACUUGCUUCAAGGAAUUUCAAGUACAGGCAGCCUUUAGCUACUCCUGAG